AUGGAUCCGAUUAAGUGUAUCUUUGAAAAACCUGCAUUGACCGGAAGAAUUGCUCGUUGGCAGAUGCUCUUUUUCGAAUAUAACAUUGAGUAUCACACCCUGAAAGCUAUCAAAGGAAGUGUCUUGGCCGAUCAUUUAGCUCAUCAUCCAAUCGACGAUUAUGAGUCUAUAAAUUUUGAAUUUCCAGAUGAAUAUGUGAUGUACUUAAAAGCCAAAGAUUGCAAUGAACCACUGCCAAAUGAAGGGCCAGAGCAAGGUUCUCAAUGGGGUUUAAUAUUUAGUGGAGCAGUUAAUGCUUAUGGUAAUGGUAUUCGGGAAGUAAUCAUCACUCCUCAUGGCUCACAUAUCCCUUUUACUGCAAGAUUAACAUUCAAGUGCACGAACAACAUGGUGGAAUAUGAAGCCUGCAUCAUGGGGCUAGAAGAAGCCAUUGAUCUUAGAAUAAAAAAUCUCGAUGUUUAUGGAGACUCAGCUCUAGUUGCCAAUCAUAUUAAAGAAGAAUGGGAAACUCGUUGUUGGUUCUAUAUGUUGGCAGUAGUUUUGGUAUUAGUGUCGUGA